AUGCCUCCACCUGCGUUUUUGAUCACAUUCCUCUCCACUACUACUGACGCACCCAAAGGGCAAGCCACUCCCCCGAUAAGACUGCGACGUCCUUCAGUUCAUGCCUUCCCACUUUCUCAAUCCUUCACUAAUUACCUUCCUACAUGUCAAUUACCUACAUCAUGCGCCCUAGAAUUCCCAAUGAUGCGUGACUCAUCACCUGGAGCAGUUAUCCAUGCAGCUUUCACUGCUUCCUGGGCUUUUCAGGCAUGUCUUCUGGUCAGGGGCUCCUUAGGAAUUUCGACGCGGAAGCCGGUAUUUCCCCCCCUACAGAUCUGCGAAACUGCAGGAACUGCACUGCUAGAAACCAAAUUAGGAAAUGCUAGGAACCUGUUUAGGACUAACACGUUACCUUAUAGCUCAAUCAACCUGGUUUGGUCCUCACCACCUGACUACUCGCAACCCCAUGACCUCUAUCAUCUAUCAGCACUGACCGGCGAUAAAACCGGCGAUCUCGAAAAUGAUCAAUUUCUCCAAGUGACAGUCCUCCUCCAUAUGCCCAAUCUGGUGCGCCGUGAGCCCACAGUACAUACUCUUGAUCAAGACUCACACGAAUCGGAACGCCGAGAGAGCUCUGCCGAAGCGAAAGUUCGCAUGUUUGACUAUGGGGAUGCCUUGCACACAACUGCCUAUCAUGCCAUGCACGUAAGUUUUGCGCCCUGGCGAAGCUUGAAGAGAUACACUGGCGAACAGGACAGCAGAAAUGGACAGGAGGAAAUGGAGAGGCAGCAGGACCACACAAGACAAAAUCAUUUAGACCCUCAAAAGCGAACAAGAUUCUAUGAUCCGGCCCCAAAUCCGCGGUCCGCCAUAGUUAUAGUCGUCUUCAUUCCUUACAGUGAAUGGUUUGCAAUCAGAGAUGUUCUUCUUGAUCGUAUACUCGGACUCGCCUUCGAAAUCGACUCGAUUAACCCAAAGCUCAAGCGUCGCGUCAGUAAAAGAAUAUGCGGUAUUCUCAACGUUUCGUUAGCAUGGGCCACGGAUAGUUGCUCAUUAUGUCGUAAACUCGAGUAUCUCGAAGAGCUGAUCGGCUGCAUUUCCACGAGAGUAAUAUGCCGGAUUGUCGCCUGGAACUCUUUCGCGUUCGGCGUGAUGGCUUGUGUCAGCGAGAGCUGCUUGAUGAAAUGCUGGGACGAAAAAGAGGAAAGUAAAUGCGACAAGGAGCCCUCGAGUGUCGCUCUCCACAACCCUAACAGAACCGAGCCGCCGUUGACAAGUUCUGUUCUGCCCAUAAAUACGGGAGAGGCGAAGUUGCGGGCUUUUAAUGCGCAGUACGUGAUCUCGCCCUACGCCCGAGCGCGUUCGCUGAUCUGGCAUCUGAGGUGGCUGUCACCCGCCCCAAAUGUGAACUACGCCCCGUCUCGGAAUGUGCAUAUUUCCUUAGCUGGCUUCCCUAAGUGCGGCGUUUCAGUGAACGUCGUCCGCACGAAUUUCAACCGCAUCUGCACACUUGCACGCUUACCUAGUUGGAGAAAUCCCUCGAGUACUUCAAGUCGAGUGAUCAGCUAUUUGAGGGGACCAGUGAGCUCUGUAAGUGGGCUGAGAUUUUUGGACAAGACGCCGAAGCUCCUGGCGAUUGAUUUAAUAUCUCAUAAAGCGGGCUGGGGUGCUCUUGCGAUCUCUCAAGAAGCUUCGUCUUAUCGAUCAUUUGCACUGAGUACGAACGACUGCGCAAUGGUCGCGAACAGUGUCUCCGAUGAUAUCUGGGCAAAUACGUACUCUCCUUAUAGGCUAGCGACAAGUACAAAAACGAUGCUCAGGUUAUCCUCACUUUGGCUGGUCUGUGGUGUGGCAUCUUUUGAGAGUAUCAAGCGAUCAUGUAGGGGCUUCGAGGUAAUGUUGUCAAGAACGAUGGACUCGGUCAUUUCGCAGUCUCGAGGUUUUCAGCACUAUUUCUCGUCUGUAAAAGAGGUUCUUUCAACAUUCUGUUUAGGGUAUGAUUUCGUGACCGAAGACAAAUGGUUAAGAAAGGCAGCCCGGUUACGUAGCUCCUCUUGCGCGCUUUGUCACCGCAAAAUUGUACUGACGGCAUCGCUCGCCCGUCCGAUUCGCGAUGAUGUCAUCUCAUAUUGGGCAAAGCAGAAGCUGAAUGAAACAGUCACAAUAACAGCAAAUUACAAGGCUAACGAGGACAAAGUCUCAGAUAAGUCAUACUUCCUUCAAGACGCAUCAGAGGGCGCAAUUCUCGGUCUCUUCCCUGAGGUACUGGUUCACUCAUCAUCGGUUCUUUUUCCAAACAUGAAUCAAAUUUUGUUAAUUCACUCUAAUCAAGUAAUGAUCUACAAGCUCUUUGGAUCGCCCUUUGGCGGUUCUGGUGUUAGUGUCGGUGUUGGCGUCAGAUAA